UGGACAGACCAUAGUUUAUAUAGCAGACAGCGCGCUAGCGUAUCUAGUCUAUGUAUAUAUAUGGUUGGCACGUCUGGUAGCAUCUCUGGCUGCUGUUGAUCUUGUUUUUGGAGUAAAACACGGUGGAAGCUGAAUUAGUGAGGAUGACUCCUGCUCCUGUCAUCUCUAAGCUCCUCACACAUCUUUACCUGCACAUGAGGAAAAUCACUCCUGUAGAAUGCAGAUGUUCAGAGGGAGAUGAUGCCACAUCUGGUCCAGCUGAUGGAAGGUCUUGAAGUUCUCUGACUGGCCUCGACUGAAGAUGGUCGUCUCACUGGAUUUAAGCACAAUGAGGGACGUCUGCAGAGACUGAGAAAGAGUCUCGCCACAUCCUUACAUGAGGAAAAAGACUUUACUGAAGACUACAAUGAGGAAAACUAUCAGACAGCAGACAGCUGCAUUCAAGGCUACAGGAGGAGUCCUACGAGGACGAGCCGGUCCACCUGAUGGCGGCCAGUCGCUGCGGUUCAAAGCCAACACCGACUACGUGGACUUCUACUGGACCACACGGAGGUCUUCAAACCGGACCAACAAGUUCAGCGACUCCCCGACUCGUGGGUCUGAGGACGCCGCCGAGCCUCAGCCCAGCCGGCCUCCUGUCUGUGGGUGUUUGAGUGCUGAGAGGAUUACCACAGACCUGACCGUGAACACCGUUGACACCCACCCAAGGGAGACGCUGCCUAAGAUCUCAAGGCUGCUUGGUCGUGGUCUUUCUGGUCCUGCUCCAGAACGCCUUCAUCAACUACGUCUUCUUUUGAAGAGGCCCUCAGAUGCUGCAAUCUCUGACCUUAAGGAGGAACUGCUGCUUUCACUCUGUAACAAGACGGCGGUUAUUUUAAAGACCCAGCUCCUGUCGGUUUUGAAAGAAAGUUUAACACCCAUCAAAACAGAACUACAGACAGUUAAAUCUGAGCUGUCGGUCAGUAUUUCAAACAUCAAGACCGACCCGGCUGCCCUAAAGCAUGCUGUGGGUGAAACGGAAACUUCACUCUCCAUAUCACCAACGACAUCGUCACACUCCAAAGCAGAGCACCUGUCUGCUGAACUUUUAAAAGUGGACUAUAAAUGUGAAGAAUGUGAGCAGCAGCAGACUGUGAGCAGCGGAACAGAUGUGAUCAGAAAGAAGCCAUUUUCUUUUUUAUUUUCUUUCUGGUUGACUUGAUGCUGUCAGAUGCAGAUGUUGGAGCUGAUUCUGAUCUUUCAGGAUAAAAAGCUACUUUUCCUUCACAGACUUUUCAGGAAAUUAUUCUCUCAGGUUUUCUCUGCUAUUUAUAUUUUUAUUAUCUGUGAUUAUUUCAUUAUUUCUUUAUUGUAAAAAUAAAGUUUGAGGCAUAAAGACUCAUUUAGUUAUUUUAAUCCUGAAAUCUUUGAUGUAGCAGAACUAAACUUCCAUUUUCCUUCUUGUACUUCUUAUAGCAGAACUAAACGUAUCUUCAACACGGAUCAUCUGCUUUUAAUGAAUCAGCAGCAACAUCACAACAACAAAUGGGACAAUUUUCAACAAAUUAAUGAAACUGAUGUCAUUUAAAACUAUCAGUCUGUUUUAGUGUCAAAUUAAAGCUGAUUACUGACAACUAGAACAUUAACGUUACUGUUUUAAUCACAUUUAAGUGAACGUUACAUUAAUGUCAACCAGCCACAGUUUUAUGAACUUAAUGAACCACAUUACAGGAACACAACACACUUCAGCUGUUUACAUGAAACUUAACACAUUAGCUUGAUGCUACGUUAGCUUUAAUCAGGCUACGAUUGAGCAGCUAGCUCGGUUAGCAUCGCUAACAUUAAAGCUUAUAUUUACUAUGCUAACUUUCUUCUCUGGUCAACACACACUGAAACAAACUCCACCAACGUCUGGAGUGCAUGGCACACCUUAUAUCUGACACUAAAGCUGCAUAUAAAGUGCAUUCAACGCGGCACCGAUACGAAAAUAAACAUUUACUUACCGAACUAUCAGAGUCCUUUCAGUGUCUGCUGGUAGAAUCAGCCGAAGGUAGAAAACUGGUUAAAACAAGCCAACGGGCAGGAAAACUGUCUGUGGAAAAUGUUCUGCUGCUCCACCGAUAAAUAAACCAACAGUUAUUAUAUCAGAAUUAAUCCAAACAAGGAGAGCCGAGUCUCUGCUGUCUCCUCCAUAGGACCUGUCAAUCAUUCCAGACCGGACUGUCAAUCAAGUAGUCCCGCCCCCUGGCUUUGCAAAACUUUAACGCUCUAUAAAAAAAUCAAUAUUGAUUUAUUUUAAGAUCGGCCACCUGAUCUCUCAUUUUGACCAUGAAAACUAACGAAAAAAAAAAUGUAUGUACAGUCUAUGCACCGUACUCUGUUUGGCUCCACACUUGCUGAUGACCACUUCCGGUCUCAGAAAAUGAAAAAACGGACCUUUUUUCGUUUCUGUCUCUUACUGAUUUUACUUUCUUGUUAUUCUAAAUAUAAAACGAAAAUCAAAGCAUUAAAAAAAAUCGUAUAUCCCUUUUAAAACGAAAAUCAAAUAACCACUCGUUUUUUGUUUUUCAAUACCCGUUUCAGAACGGAAAAUCCAAUUACCAGAUCCAUACACGACCGUACACGGACCCACUUUCCAUUGUUUUUUUUUUAUUUUAUUUUUUUUAUUGUGAGCUAUUUUCUACUUGUACUUCACGGCAUCACAGAGACAAAUAUCGUACUUUUUACUCCACUACAAUUGUCUGUCAGCUUUAGCUACUUUUCAGUUUACAGUUUUUCAAAUGAGUGGAUCUCCAAAUUUGGUGAUUUUAAAUGUA